AACCGAAACAACAAGAUGGCUUCGCUGUACGUUGGAGACCUGCAUUCGGACGUGACCGAAGCAAUGCUGUUUGAGAAAUUCAGCGCGGUCGGUGUUGUCGUGUCGGUCCGUGUGUGUCGCGACAAUAUCACCAGGAGAUCACUGGGAUAUGCCUACGUCAACUUUCAAAACAUGGCGGACGCUGAGUGUGCUUUGGACACCAUGAACUUUGAAAUUCUUAAUGGAUGUCCUAUGAGAAUUAUGUGGUCUCAAAGAGAUCCUUCUCUUAGAAAAUCAGGUGUAGGCAAUGUGUUCAUCAAAAAUCUAGAUAAGAACAUUGAUAAUAAAGCCAUGUAUGACACAUUUUCUGCUUUUGGAAACAUAUUGAGUUGUAAGGUUGCUCAAGACGAGACUGGUCAAUCAAAAGGCUAUGGCUUUGUUCAUUUUGAUAUGGAACAAUCUGCCACUCAAUCAAUUGAAAAAGUUAAUGGCAUGUUGCUCAAUGGAAAAAAAGUAUUUGUUGGUCGAUUCGUUGGCAGGAAAGAUCGUGAAAAGGAAUUGGGUCAAAAAGCUAAACUUUUCACAAAUGUUUACAUUAAGAAUAUAGAUGAAAAUGUCAAUGACAAAGAAUUGUUUGAGAUGUUUGAAAAAUAUGGAUCGAUUACUAGUUGCAAGGUCAUGUUCAAAGACGAUGGAAGUUCUAGAGGUUUUGGAUUUGUGGCUUUUGAAGAUCCAAAAGAAGCUGAAAAAGCAGUAAGUGAAUUACAUGGCAAAGAAAGCCCAGAAGGAAAGACCUAUUAUGUAGGUCGUGCUCAAAAGAAAGCUGAACGCCAAAAUGAAUUGAAACGCAAAUUCGAACAGUAUAAAAUUGAACGUAUGAAUAGAUACCAAGGAAUUAAUUUGUAUGUGAAAAAUUUAGAUGAUACAAUUGAUGAUGAACAUUUACGCAGAGAAUUUAGUGUCUUUGGAACUAUUACAAGUGCUAAGGUCAUGAUGGAUGAUGGCCGUAGUAAAGGCUUUGGUUUUGUAUGUUUUUCAUCUCCAGAAGAAGCUACUAAAGCAGUAACAGAAAUGAAUAAUCGUAUUGUUGGUACUAAACCAUUAUAUGUUGCAUUAGCUCAACGCAAAGAAGAACGUAAAGCCCAUUUAAACGCCCAAUAUUUACAAAGCAAUACUAAUAUGAGAAUGCAAUCCAUUGGCCCAAUAUAUCAACCUGGUGCAUCAAGUGGUUACUUCGUUCCUACUAUUCCUCAGGGACAGCGUUUCUAUGGACCUGCUCAAAUGACUCAAAUUCGUCCACAACCAAGAUGGGCUUCCCAACCACAAGUUAGGAUUGCAACACCGCAAAAUGCUGCUGCCGGUCAUCCAAAUAUGGCCACACAGUAUCGAAAUAUUGGUGCUCGAGCUCCUGUACCAGCUGGUCAACAAGCUGCAUUCACUGGAAAUUCCAUGGUGAAUAGAAAUUCUAGACCCAUUAGCACAGCUCAACAACAAAUUCCAGGUGCUGUUUCUGCUGGAAGUGUACGUGUUCCAAGCGCACGUAGUUCAGGCUCUGGAUAUAAAUAUACAGCUAAUAUGCGUAAUCCUCCUGGUGAAGCUCAAGGCAUGGGACAAGCACAACCUCGUCAACCCCCUGCACCAGUACAAGCAGCUUUACAUGUACAUGGACAAGAACCACUUACUGCUUCAAUGUUGGCUAGCGCUAAGCCGGAAGAUCAAAAACAGAUGUUGGGAGAGAGGCUUUUCCCUCUCAUUCAGGUAAAAUUUUGAUUGAUUCGUGUAGUAAUUUAUUUAAUGACUUAUAUUAAAUUAUUCAAUAUUAUAUUAUAGCGUAUCUAUCCGAAAUUUACUGGUAAGAUAACUGGUAUGUUGUUGGAAAUUGACAACUCUGAGGUGCUUCACAUGUUGGAACAUCAAGAAUCUUUAAAGAUCAAAGUACAAGAAGCUGUUGCAGUGAUUCAGGCCCACCAAACACAACAAACCCAAGUGAAGAAAGAAUAGUUGCCCUAUCAUGACGUUUUCUUCAUUAUUACAUUUUAUACAAAUAUUCGUUUAAAAAUUUCUUUUUCAUUAAUAUCUAAUUUUUUUACAGUGGGAAAAUUAAAAACUUUGUAUGAGUAAAAAAUUGAGUGCAUAAAAAAAUUUAAUUAAAUAAUAAAUUGAACCAAACUGAAAUAUAGUGCGGUUUCAAUUUCAGUAAUAAUGUCACAACACUUUUAUGGAAAUUUUGUUUUUGAUAAAUUAUCAAAUUAAAAAAUUGAAAACUACUAAAA